AUGGCACGUCUCAUUCACACACACCUGGACAAAGCAAACACCUCAGGUCCCUGCCCAAAUUCAUCAACAUCAUCACGAGAAGCAUUUAAUUCCGAUAAAGAAAAUCGGCAUCAGGGUAUCAAUAAGAGAACUACUGCUGCGAUGCCACCGCCGCGUGCACAGAAUAAACGACCGCGACUGGCUGACCGCUCCUCGAAUGCCCAGUCUGCCCGAUCUGCGCAGUCGCAAGCAUCAUCUCAACGAACUAGCAGCGAUACGCGAUACUAUGAUCCUGAUCAGGAUCCCGAAGAGCGGAGAAGUGUACGGAGAGGACUUCGAGAUCUGGGUAGGGAACUGAACGAUACGCGAGGCGAGCUCAUGCAGCCUGGAAAUGAUGGUAUCCUCAACAUUGUCGAACAAGCAAAUCAAUUCUACGCCAAAGUGAAACAAACCGCCGACGCCACGCUCGAUUCGCGCAUCCUCGUCAACACCGCCGAUCUAACCCAAAAGAAAGCCACCCAGCUCGCUCUCGGUGACACCUCUGCCGGUAUCGAUGUAGACGAGUUCGUCUCCAAGUGUGUAUCGUUCAUGCGUCGCGGUCCAAACAACGCGACGGCUUCAACAAACGGCACACAGGGGCACCGAGGGCGCCCUGAUCGAAGCCAAAGAGACCCCGAUGCCAGUGACGAAGAUGAUGGGGAUGCGAUGAACUGGGAUACGCUUGGCCGAUCGGCCUGCUUUCCUAGCAAUGCUCGUCCGGCAGUGUCCGGGUGGUUACUGGGGCCGUUGUCGGUACAGAAACGUACGCGUCAAAUGACACAGCGAAGGGCAGCAGAACGUAUUGAUCCGACGCAAGCCGUGGCGCCCCGGGAAAUGGCGCAGCAAGAUCUUGGCCAGCAGGAAAGCUCGAAUCUGACCCAGAUCUGUUCCGAGAUCAACAAGCUGCUCGCCAACAGCCAGUAUGAGCGCGAGAGAGACGCUACGAAAGAGCUUGAAAGCCAAGAAGAUCUUACCCCAGAGAAAGCGCAAGAAAUCAUGGAUAAGCACAGCGUGGCAGACGACGGGGGGAUCCCCUUGUUUCGCUUCUGUAUCAAUCCGAAAUCUUUCGGGCAGAGUGUGGAAAACCUGUUCUAUGUGAGUUUCCUAGUGCGAGACGGUACAGUGGGUGUAUCAGUAGAUAGUCGCAAACUGCCGACCCUGCAUGCGGCCGCACCGUUCGCCCCCAGUGAAGCUCAAAAGAAGGGCGUGCAAAAACAUCAGGCGGUCUUUAGCCUAGACCACGAAACGUGGUACGAACUCAUCGAUGUUUUCAAUAUUCAGGACUCUAUCAUCCCCCAUCGCGAAGAGAAACAACAAGAGACUGGCACGAGUUGGUAUGCUUAG